AUGAAAAAUGAGAAUUUAUUAAAAGACUUGAACUGGUUGGACCCCAGAAGUUUUACAGUAUUUAACAACAUUAAAGUAUUGCCUGAAUUGACUUUGAGUACUUUGUGUAAGAUGUCGGGAUUGAAUCAGGAAGUAAUCGUAGAAGAAUUGAAACAAUUUUCCAGUCAAUAUGAAAACUUUAUACCACAAAUAUCUAAAUAUGUUACGAUUGCUACCGGUUGUGAGUCAGAAAAAAAGUUUUCAAGUGAUGAAGAUAAUGAUGAAAUAUCGAAAACAAUAAAUUGUAAUAAAUGCAACAAAUGUAUUCAUUGCGCGUUUUUAAUUGUACGAGAAUUAUCAUGUCAGGUAUUUUCGAAGCUCAAAUGUAUAAACACAAAACUUCGCUCAACAUUACACCAAAAUCAUCUUAACCCAUUAGUGUUGAUGGCUAUAGAAAGCAAUAUAGCUAUUGAUACUCAAAAUUUUAUUGAGACGAUUGCUUAUUCAUCUAAUGAAUUAAAAAAAAUUGCUCAUAUUAUAAGAAUUGUAUUUUAUUAUUUGAAGAAUUCUUAUUGUUUAAAAAUAAAUAGUUUUAAAGUUACUUUUAUAUUUAAGUUAGCUCAUGAUUAUUAUCUAUAUAUUUACUAA